AUGGAUACCAACCAGGUUGUGGUUGUAGGUGACACCACACUAGAUCUGGUAUAUGCGCCCGAGGUUAUUGAAAUCCUGAGUGAUCAAUCACAUGUAGUCGAAACACGUUCACUGCCCAAACGCACAAGAACUCACCAAAGAGCGUCGCUCUUCUCAAGUCCAUCGCUAUGUCUCCUGCCAGUGGUGGAACGACGUCCUCAGGGGAGGAGUCACCCCGUAGCGGAAGAUGUCACGGAUGAUCUCCUCGAUGAUCAUCUGGUGAUCCAACCCACUCCUAAACAAUUGACAUAUCCAAGUCUUUUGGAAGAACUUGGGUUGAACAUAACCCUGGAACCAAACUCUCUGCCCAGGGCAAACCCUACUCUGGCCAAAAAAUUGUUUGUUUCGCCCAAUUCUACAGCAAUGUCUCUUAGCAUUUCAAAUGGAGAUUCUACAGAACCAGUAAAGAGCUCUAAAUCGAGAAUCUCUUCAUCUCCUUCCAAGGAAUCACGGUCAGGAUUGAAAAGACUGAAAGUCCAACACACACAGUCGAGAUUCUCAUCGUCAUCUCCAAUAAAGAGUAGUAUUGCACCACAAAUCAACCUUGAUACACCAGCAAAGACAAAUAUUUUAGAUUUUGAUAAUUGGUUUUCUGAAAGUGAUGGUAAUUCUUCUUUAAUUAAGGAAUCAACAACGCGUGUGAUUCUUCGACCUGAACUCUCAGAUCCAAUAGAAACGGCAUCUUCAUCUCCCUUUAAACCGAUAAAGAGUAGUGUAAAGCGUUCCAAGAAGGUGGCCCAUACUCCUCACUUCCCUUCCAAUAUCAAGUAUUCCACCAAGGAACUCAAUGACGCUAAUAAGGUCAAUCGGACCAAAGAGGAACUUCUAUCAGAAAUGGUAGUCGAAGUGUCUCAAGAGAUGUACACACUCUUCCAAUGCGAGUAUUGGACCACCAAGUUUGGGUCUGCAUCAACCACUUUGCGCCCAGUGCCACGAACAACUCCCGGGGCCAUCUCAUGGAAACGGAAAAUCACUGCCAUUUACUCUCCAGAUGAUGAUAUCUUUAUCCCCUGUCUCCCAGUUGAAAACGAAGAACUGACGGUAUUGAUGCGAUUUGAAGCAAAGGAGUUGGUGGAAGCAUUGGAGGAUGGUACCAUGUCAUCCUACAUUGAAGCAGCAAGACAAGAAAUGGCACCUUUGAUCCCUCAUAUAAUUAUAAUCAUAGAGGGAUAUGACAAAUAUAUUUCCAAGAUCAGGGCAAUGGAGGAGAGAAUAUACAAACAGAGAGUGAGACAACAACAACAACAACAACAACAACAACAACAACAACAGCAGUCACAAUCACAGUCACAAGUUACAAUGGAUGGUUCACCAGCUCCUCCUUCACUGCUGGGAACUGAUUUGUCCAUCACCAAUCAAUUAAACAAACUACAAUUGACCCAUCGAAUCAAUAUUUUCUUCACCAAAUCACUCCAUGAUACCAUUGAUUGGAUCCAUUCAUUCACCUACACCAUUGCAUCUACAAGAUAUGACAAAUAUGAACGGAAUAGCUCUUUUGCCGGGAUCGGUAAAAUCAAAUCGGGAGCCGAUACCACCGCUACAUUCCUUCAAUCCCUACAACAAUUCAAGUUCAUUACAGAAGUCAAGGCAGAAAAAGUGCAUCAAUAUUAUAAAUCAUUACGUAGUAUACAUGAGCGGUAUUCGAGAGAAGACACGCUAGGAAAGAGUUCUGAUGGAGGUAACAUUGUACCCCCGUCCACUGAUCUGGCCAUGCGUACUUUUUUCAAGUCUAUUGAUCCAGAAGAAGUCAUGGAAUAGGUAUAUGUAUAUGUGGGUGUCCGCUUAUCAGAAUGAAAAACGAGACAUUGUUGGUAGCUAUUAAAAUAGCUAAUCUAUGCUAGGACAGUCUAUCAGUGAGUCUGA